GUUGGCACGGUCGCCGGAAGCUACCGUGGAUGCAGUCAUCGAGCUCUUAGACCAGGCGUUAAAGCUGGACACCCAGGACCCUCACGCGAGCACCACGGAGCUGAUCCUGUCCGUCCUGCGCCUCUGCUGCAGGGUUCAGAACACCUUGGCAUUCCUUCUCUCCGUCAGCCGAGCGGAGCAUCCGAGCUGCAACGCUGAAGGGCUCAGCGAAGGUGGGCGGCCUGUGUUCUCGGAACGGACCCUGCGACAGCUGCAGGACGCCUGGCCUCGGCUUCGCAGCUCCCUGCAAUCUGUGGUUAACGACCGCAGCGCCCUGACCAUCCUCGGCCGAUGGCUGGACUCAGUGAGGACAGACUUUGGUCAACAGUUCGCGGAGGAGGAGGAGGAGAAGAAGAAGAAGGGCAAAGGCUCCGACGAG